CAAAAGCCAUCAGAUCCUCCCAGGAAAGCUAAGCAUCGACAGAGCAUCAACAGAGCAUCAAAAGAGCGUAUACAUAAAAGAUCAAAUAAGACACCUCUAUCAUGAAAGCCUUCUCCAUUGUCCUGGCAGGCUUCGCCUCUGUCACUGUCGCACAGCAACAAACCCUCUGCGACCUAUACGCUUACUACUCCACCAACGGCUACGAGCUCCUCAACAACCUCUGGGGCCGCGACGCCGCAACCUCCGGCUCGCAAUGCACAUACUACGACGGCUUCAAUAACGGCAUGGCCUGGCACUCAAACUGGCAGUGGCAAGGUGCCGAGAACAACGUGAAAUCUUACGUUUACGCCGGCCGCUUGGCCACCAAAAAGUUGAUAUCGCAAUACAGCACCAUGCCGAGCACAGCGCAGUGGAGCUACAAUACGACAAACGUGCGCGCCAAUGUUGCGUACGAUGUGUUCACUGCUGCGGAUAUCAACCAUGAUAGGAGUAGUGGGGAUUACGAGCUUAUGGUUUGGCUCGCCAGAUUGGGCAACGUUUACCCCAUCGGUACCUCGCAAGGCAUGAAAACCGUCGACGGCCGCUCCUGGGAACUUUGGGAGGGAUACAACGGGGCGAUGAAAGUUUACAGCUUCGUUGCUCCAAGUCCUGUCACCAAUUACAGUGGUGAUAUCAAGAACUUCUUUACUUGGCUCACCAGCAACAAGGGCUAUCCUGCGUCGAGCCAAAACCUCAUCGUCUACCAGUUUGGUACUGAAGCUUUUACGGGUGGACCUGCAGCGUUCACAGUUAACAGGUGGUCAGCGGAGGCCAACUAAGCGGAAAAGUCGGACCCGUGCUCAUAACCUCCAUGUUUUAUAGCCUGAGAGGAUGUUUGGACAAGCGCUCGCGAUACGGAAAUAAGAGUGACAAAAGAAGUUCUGUAUUUGGCGAGGCAUAUGUUCAUGGCAUGAUG